UCACUUAGCAAAGCUCACACGUCACAGUGUGCUCGUCAAUGCCUUUCACUAUUCCUCCAACUUAAUUUUGUGGUCAUACUGAGCGCUUCGACAUACAAAGUCUCCGCUAUCGCUUCGGAAAUUCUCACCAAACUUAACCAUGCCACACAACCUACGCAAGAAGCGCGUUUCGAACGGGCGCAAGUCGCAGCGUCCAUCUACACCAGAGCAGCAGUCACCACUCCCUGAGCCUGACGUGGGACAUACUGCACGUGACGAGCAGUACAAUGGCAUUCGUAUCCCGUUCUACGAUGAUCCCAAUCACGUCGCCUACGGCUGGCAGCAGAUGGCGACACUUCCAGAUUUUCCAGGUCUUCACACGCUCGUGCGUGGUGCACAGGAUGAUCCACCACUGAGUCCUGGGAGUCGGUCACGGACUUGGCCAGUUGAGCCACAGCGAGUCCUUGAGCAAAGUGGAUUCAAUCCGCAUCCGAGGCGCGGGCAAGGGCCGCGUCGUCCACCACCUUUGGCCGAGUCUGAAGUUAGAAGUGAGUAUAUGCGUGGAAGCAGACAAACGUUGAAGCCAUUCGUCGACUCUUCUUCCACGAAACCAGAGGUUGAAGGUGCCGGAGGUGGUGAUAGCGAUCGUCCGGGACUUGCCUCGAAGGAUGUGAACCAGAAGCUGCGUACUGGUCAAAGCCAGGCAAGUGUAUCGCCUCUUCUGAAGCUGACUGAGGACUUCCGUAAGGUGGCACAGCAGCCGCGGUCGAAGGGAUUGACUGUGGACGAGCUGGAGAGCUCUCAUCAUCCAGACAAGGAGGCCGAGCGCAUGCUGCCGCUUCCUGAAGAGCCUUCACCUCUUAGGGUCCAGAAGAAACGUUUCGGUAUGAACAGCACCGAGCCCCGUCCGCGAUCUACUACGCUUGAGCGGGCGCGCAUGUUGCGUUAUCCGGACUCGAAGCAUGGGCAUGAAGGUGUGAAGGUAACCGUGCAUGAAGUGGAUGAGGCCGAGGACAAGAAUGUGGAAAAUCUUCUCACGACUGCGAUCGCAGCGUGGCAACUGUCUGGAUCCGCUGAGGAUCCGCUUCAUGAAUUCGAACACCGCAGUGCAGUACCUAAGCCAUUGGAUCUGGCUGCGAUUAGGGCUGCAAAGGAACAGCGGAAGCUCUCCAGACAGGUACCCAAAUCUAAUGACAUACCUGAAGGAGGUGAGCGGGGUAGCUUGUACGGAGCUAAGAUCGAAUCUGACGAGUCGUUCGUAACUGGCACUUCGUCAGAGUUCGAAAACCUCAGCAUGCCAGAAAGCUCGGAGCAUAAUGGAACGAGGAGAAAGUGGUACAAAGGAUUUCGUCGCUCUGAGUAAUGUAGGUCUUGAUGAGUUGACAUGGAGGUAUAAUUACACCCAUGUAGCAAUAUACAACUGCACUCCGCUUCGGCGUCCAGAUAGGCGAGAUCAGCGUUCAGCAGCAGCUGAUACUACCACUCAAUGAGCGGAGAGAUAUGAUGGAGCAGGGACCCAUCAUAGAUU